GAUAUGAUAAAAGAGGGGGAAUCCGGCAGUCCAUGUUUCUAAAAUUAUAGGUCGCUGUUUCGCUGAAAGGUGCUGUGUGACAUAUCAAGUGUGCUUAAAAAAAGGCGGUGUCAAUAUCUGAUAUAACUGAUACAAUAUGAUUCCUCUACUGAAAAAUUGCCUUGUAGUGAGGCAUGGAAUUGUUAAUUAUGCAGAGACUCUUACUCGUUAUUCUGGAAUUUCCAUAAACAAAGCUUACUCUACAAAAAGUAACAAUACCUUCAAAAAUAUUGUAUUUGUUGAUGGAGUACGAACUCCAUUUCUACAGUCUGGAACUCAGUAUAAGAAUCUCCUGGCUUAUGACCUUGCAAGACAUUCGUUGGUGAGCUUGCAAAGAAAGGUUGGCUUUCCUAAGGAAGUAGUUGAUUAUAUUGUUUAUGGCACAGUGAUGCAGGAAGUACGAACUUCAAACAUCGGAAGAGAAGCUGCUCUGGCUGCAGGAUAUAGCGAACACACUCCUGCACACACAGUAACAAUGGCCUGUAUUAGUAGUAAUCAAGCAAUUACUACUGGCAUAGGUUUAAUUGCUUGUGGUGUUUAUGAUACUGUUGUAGCAGGUGGAGUAGAAUUCAUGUCAGAUAUUCCAAUUCGACAUAGUCGAUCCAUGAGGUCUUUAAUGUUACAAGCCAACAAGGCGAAAACUCUACCUAACAAAUUAGCUCUCUUGGCUAGCAUCAGACCAGGCCAUUUCAUUCCAGAUUUACCGGCUGUGGCAGAGUUUUCAAGUGGCGAGACUAUGGGACACAGCGGAGAUCGUUUAGCGGCGGCAUUCGGCGUGACACGCAAGGAACAAGAUGAUUACGCAUUGCGCUCUCAUACUUUAGCCGCACAAGCUCAACAACAAGGAUUAUUAUCGGACGUAAUGCCCUAUAAAGUUCCAAAUGUUGAUAAAGUCGUCGACAGAGACAACGGUAUUCGCGUGUCUACGGAAGAACAAUUGGCAAAGUUGAAACCCGCGUUUGUUAAACCUUAUGGAACGAUUACCGCAGCCAAUGCCUCUUUCUUAACCGAUGGUGCAUCGGCGGCAUUAAUAAUGAGCGAAGAAAAAGCUCUCCAACUUGGUUUGAAACCGAAGGCAUACCUGCGAAAUUUCACUUACGUGUCUCAAGACCCAGUCGAUCAAUUACUUCUGGGACCAUCGUACGCAAUACCGAAGAUUCUGGACAAAGCCAAAUUAACUUUGAAAGACAUAGGAGUCUGGGAGAUACACGAAGCAUUUGCCGGACAGAUUUGUGCUAAUUUGAAAGCGAUGGAUUCCGAUAUAUUCGCGCAAAAAUAUUUGAAAAGAAGUUCAAAGGUCGGAAUACCGGAUCUGAAGAAGUGGAAUGCUUGGGGAGGAUCAUUGUCAAUCGGUCAUCCAUUUGCUGCUACUGGAGUACGAUUAGCAACGCAUACUGCUAAUCGACUUAUCAAAGAAGAUCAGCAAUUCGGCCUUAUCUCAGCUUGCGCUGCUGGCGGACAGGGAGUUGGUAUGAUUAUGGAAAGAUAUCCCGAUGCUACAAUCUAAGCCUUCUUUUUCAAAAAAAUGCGUUUAGCAUUUCCAAGUAAAAACGGAUUGUUAUCUGAGAAAUAGUGAAAUAAUAUUUUUCUAUGCUCUUCUACAAGAGAAUAUACAAACAUUCGAAAUUGUUAUAGACUUUUUUUUAAGAAAGUAACUUUCUAUUAGAUAAUUUAUGUACAGUGAUUAUUAAAUUGUACAAAAUCUCUUAC